CUCAUUAGGUCAAAGGAUACGGUUUUUCAAGGUUAGACAAUGUCUGGGAGAAAGUCAAUGAAACCACUUAAUCAACUAAAAACUAUUCACAACGAACACUAUGCCAAACUUCAGAGCAAACAUGCUUCAGAAACAGAAUUAUUAGAUGAUAUGAGAAUGUACUGUAAACAAAGGGCAUCAAUCGAACGUGAAUAUGGUCAGUCAUUACAAAAACUUGUGAAUAGUUUCCUUUCAAAAAAAGAAUUUACAACACAAUCAUCCUAUUCAUCAGAUAAUGAUACUAUACUUCCAAAUAAACAACAUAACGUUUGGCAUAUAUGGUAUUCAUUGUUAGCCGAAUCGAAUAAUUUGGCAUUAUCACAUUUACGUGCAUCAGAUAAUCAACAAAGAUUGUCUACUGAACUCAAACCACUUAAAUCUCAGCGUCUGUCAGUCAAUAAACGUGUAUUUGAACAAUUAAAAAUCCUCCAGGGAGAUCUAGCUGCAUGUGUUCAAGAAAUGGUGAAAUCUCAUAAAGUUUAUGCAGAAGAAGAGAAACAAGCACAAGAAACUCGUUUAAAAACAUUGGCUGCUAAAGAAAAAAUUCAACGUCGAUCCACUGAUAUAUUCCAUUCCAUGGCGCAGUUACAUAGGAAUUAUGAUAAGCUCCUAGGUAAACGUCAGGCAUUUGAUUCCAGAUCAACUACGGCCAGAAAUGAAUAUCUCUUUCAACUGACCGCGAUCAAUGCUCACUUGAAACAUUACUUCAGUGAAGAUUUACCUGUUUUAGCAAAGACUUUGGAUGGAGAAUUAUAUGAAAAAUUAGGUGAAGUGUUUACAACUCUUUGUGAAAAUGAAAUUGAAUUCUGUACAAUUACACAAAAGCGAUUUGACAACCUUUUCAAAGAAUCCUCACAAAUUAACCGCACGAACGCUUGGGAAGAUUUUCUAAAAUUAUCACCACUUUUUAAUAAACCCGUUCAAUAUCAGUUUGAACCGAUUAAAGGAGACGAGACAACAAAGCUGUGCUCAGCUACAAAUGAAAGUAAUUUGGAACAAAUCGCACGUAAACUUUCGAGACGAUUGGUGAUACGUGAGAGAUGUAUUAAAUCAUACGAGAAUGAAAUGAAAAUGUUACAGGCCGGUUAUGUUACUCCAGUGUCUAGUAUGAUGACUGGAUCUAAUAAUCAAAUACAACAACAACAACCAACUAAUUCGGAAACGGAAAAUAAUAAUGAACUAUUAGCAUUCAAUCAAGAAUAUGUUGAGAAUAAAGUUGAAGAAUUACAAUUUGCUAUACGUCGUGAAAAGAUUGAACAAGUAAAAAUUGAAGCUUGUCUAUCAUUAUUACGUAACUCAUCCAUUGAUAUAAAUGAAUUUAUUUCUGAAGCUCGUAUAGCCGCGGAAGCAGCAGCUGUUGCUGUGGCUGUUCAAUUAAAUAAUGACGAUUCAAAUAGUGGUUUGCUAAAUCAUUCCACACCCAAUCGGCGAUCGAUUAUUCGACCUUUAGGUGAAGGAAGUAGUGAUAGUGCAACUAGUAGUUCCGGUGUAAAUCAAUUUAUUGAUCACGAUUCCAGAUUAUUAAGUGAUUGGGAUCAUUCUUAUACACCGUAUGGAUCUGAGCUUUUAGGACGUAAUACAACAACUUAUCCUUUUCAAAGAAGUUUCAAUGUUGACGACAAUGAUGAUAAUGAUGAUGUCGAAUCAACUAAUCGACUUUAUAGAAAUGGGAUUAAUAAUUGGUCAUCUACUUUCCCUAGACCAUCAACCUCUGGCCAAAUGGAUAACUCCACUGAUAGAACUCCUCAUCCAACUUAUAGAUCAUCAUCUCAGACGAGCACAAAAUUGAAUUGUUUAAAUCAGAAUGAUUUAUUUCCAAAUAACAACGAAACGCGUGUAAAACACGAUUAUCAAAAUGUUUCACAAAUCAGUUCACGAACUCAUGACGACAUAACUGUCCAUAGAUCAACUAUUAAUAAUGAUAAGAAUAGUAAUAAAAGCCAUCCAAAUGGUACAUUGAAUUCAUUUUCAUCUAUACGUAUUGGUAGUUCCAAUAAUUUGACAAAUAAUAAAGACGAUAUAGAUUUUGAAGCCAUAUGGUCUGAAAAUAAUCGUUUGCGUCGAGCAACUGUUGUACAUGAAUUUAGAGCUAAAAAAUCUAAUGAAUUAGAUCUCGUCGUGCAUGAAACUGUUGUCUUAUUAAAUAACGAACCUCAAAAUGGAUGGAUAAAAGUAAGAAGUUUAAUAGAUGGAAAUGAAGGUUUGGUUCCGAUAAGCUACUUAAAACUAUCUAACAUAGAUGUGCCUAAACACAACUCGAAAAUCAUUAUGAACGGUGAUAAUAGUAAUCAAAGUAUCUCAACGCUGAAUACUAGUGGAAAUGACAUCCUUCAUUCUAAAUUAACUAAUUGUUCCGAAGACAUUGAUCAGAAAAACUCUAAGAAGCCUAAUCAAGUGGAUCCUACGUUUGUAUCCCUUCCUCCUGAAAUAGAUCCACCUCGACUUUUAUGCGCAGAUGAAGUUUCUAGUCAUGAAUUGUCCAAACCACCUCUUUCUGGUUCUUUUGUAAGAAGUUUAAUCGAUUUUCGCGGAACUAAUCCAGAUGAAUUAAGCUUUAAAGCUGGUGCAGUUAUACGUGUGAUUGGUCGUGCUCCUAAUAUUAACGAUCUAGUUAAUAAUUCAUCAACAGCAACCAGACGAGAUCAGUUAACUUCAAUAUCUGGCUAUAGUAUUGAUGAUGGUUGGUGGGAAGGUGAUCUUCUAGUGGCUGAAUCAAACAAAAAUGAUGAAGAUCAACAAUUUUAUUCUAUACGUGGUGUUUUUCCAUCAAUGCUAGUACAAUCACUUUCUUCUGUUGAUUCUGAGUUAUGGACGGUUCGAUGGAAUAAUAUUGUACCAUUGCCUAUAGGUAACUCAUUGGAAGAAAGUGAUAAUUCUGAAAACCAAAAUAAUAGCAAUAAAAAUAACAUUAAUUCUCCUAAAAUUAGUGCCAAACAGCUCCAUACAACUAUAAAUCAUCAUAAUAAUAACUUGGUUAAUAACUGUUCUGUUGAUGUUAAUCAAUCAAAAAAGAGUUGUCAUCCGAUAGAUGAAGAAGACUACAUACAACUGCAUUCAAAUGUAUUACCAUCAUCUCAAACAGUUCAAGUGAAAAGUUCAACUUGUCAAAUUCAUUCUAGUCCGUCAGAAAGUAUUAAAUUGCCACAUACUUUGUUGUCAGAUGAUACUAAACAUUCAGCGCCUAAUAAUCCUGUUACAAGUCGACAUCCUCAUCAAAACUCUCAAUGCUUGCAUCAUCGUCAUCAUAAUCGACAUCAUGAGUACAGCAAAACUGAUGAGGUGAGAUAAACUAGUUUCUAUAUUCAUAUUAUUCAAUUGAAUUUCCCUUGAAUAUCACUAUCUUCGUGCUAAAAUAUAACCACUCAAACAAACGAUCACUUCAACAUUAGGUAAACUGAAUGUCCGAUUUCUGUUUACAUUGAAUAACAUCUGUUGGAUAAAAUAUUUAUAUUUUGAAAACGCACACUCUAUCAAUCCACUACAUACUCCAUUUUUGACUAUUAAUAAUCUCUUAAUUCAUUGUUUCUCAAGUUAAAACGAAUAUGCCACUAUCGAAUUAUAAGAGACAGUGUAAAGAUGAUGAUACUUGAAUAAUUAUGUAAGUGAACAAGAUUGUCACCCAUUACAUAUGAGAAAUUAUUUUUAUUCGAUGAUAAAAUUAAUCACGAAUGUUACCAAGAAAACAGCCUAUGAUAAUUCAGUCAAACAAUUUUUAUUUUGAUGAUAUUAGCAUUUUAAUUGAUACAAAUGAUUCUGUAGUUAUUAUUUAUAGAGUAUGUUAAUGGAUAGUAAAUUAAUACAGCGUUAUUAACAAAUUGUUGGAACAUUUUUAUGUACUUGAAUGAAAGGUGUAAUGAACGGUGUUAAAGUAAAGGUAGUUUUCAGCUGGGUAGAAUAGCAAUUGGGUUUCGAAUAGGUGCUUUUCAAGAGGGUGAGGAUGAAGUCAACAGAUGAUGACAAAAAUCUACUGAACAAUUUGGGAAUGUAGAAGCAGAAGGAUCAGAGUGAAUUAUAGAACUGAACCAACAAAUCGCUAGAACUUUGUCGUGUACGAGUUUUUGGUCUAUAAUUCAUUUCAUCUGCUCCGUUUGAAGUUAUAAACAAUUUUUACUGAUAUUUAAUUGGACUUUUUAUCCAGAAUUUAAGUAGUUUACUAAUUUUGAUUCACCCUUAUAUAUAUAACAAGAACAAUUAUUUGGAAUGUGUUUAGAACGAACGCACACCUUGUAAUCGAUAAAAUCUGCUCCGCAAGAGCAGAUAAAAUAAUGAGGACACAUUGAGAUGAUCCAAAGAGGGAGUUCGUGUUUAGAAUAUCAUGAACAUGUUCUUAAAACAAGUUCCGGUAAAUACUAGUGAUGGUCAUAAAUACAUUUAAAGUUUAGCUAAAAGCUACGUUCAUGCAUCCGUACUUUGUCAGUGAGUUACACUACGGUAUUACUAUUUCCUAUAAUCUUUACACUGUCUCUUAUAAUUCGAUAGUGGCAUAUUCGUUUUAACUUGAGAAACAAAGAGUUAAGAGAUUAUUAAUUGUCAAAAAUGGAGUAUGUAGUGAAUUGAUAGAGUAUGCGUUUUCAAAAUAUAAAUAUUUUAUCCAACAGAUGUUAUUCAAUGUAAACAGAAAUCGGACAUUCAGUUUACCUAAUGUUGAAGUGAUCGUUUGUUUGAGUGGUUAUAUUUUAGCACGAAGAUUGUGAUAUUGAAGGAAACUUUAAAUGAAUGCAAAAAAAUACGAAAAUGAAAUCAAAUUUUAGGAACACCUGCAAACAUUUAGGAGGUAACAUAUCAGAGAAGUCAACUGGUAUAAGCUUCAAAAUGAUUGGUAAUAACAUAAACCAUCAACUGUUGUAAAGUAGUAUAUUGUAAUACAUAAAAAAUAAACACGAAAGAGUUUAAGUUUAAAAUCCAAAACAAAUUAUCGAUGCUUAUUUUUAUUUAAUCAUGACUCUCUAGUCAUUUUAAACUAAAAUAAUCUGUUCCUUCACCAAAACUGCUUUGAAACUGGAUAUUAUUUCUCAUAGAUAUUAAUUACAUAACUUUUGAAAAAGAUUCCGUUUCUAUUCAUUAUAUUGGUUGUUGCUUUUCUACACUUUGUUUAGGUGCCAAUAGCUGAGGUUUGA